GACUGCUGGGCCUAUUGGCAGCUGCGUCCAACGUGAUACCGUUUGGCCUGCUGCACAUGAGACCCCUACAGUGGUGGCUCAAGACCAGGGGGUUUUUCCGAAACAGAGGAAACCCGCUCCGCAUGAUCAAGGUCACGCGACGAUGCCGCCGUGCCUUAGCUGUGUGGAGAGAACCUGGGUUCUUGUCUCAGGGCCCGGUCCUGGGAACUCCUGGUCGCCGCGUAGUGCUAGCGACGGAUGCGUCCCUCACCGGAUGGGGAGCGGUCAUGAGUGGCCGUCCUGCCCGUGGUCUGUGGAGCGGCCGCCAUCUCACUUGGCACAUCAACCGCCUGGAGAUGCUGGCCGUGUUUCUAGCUCUGAAACACUUUCUCCCAGACCUAAGAGGCCGCCACGUGUUGGUGCGCACCGACAACACGACGGUGGUCUCUUACAUCAACCGCCAGGGAGGUCUGCGUUCGCGCCCCCUUUACAGGCUGGCGCUCCAGAUCCUUGUGUGGUCCCAAGGGAACCUCCUCUCAUUGAGAGCGGCCUACAUCCCUGGUCAUCUCAACGUGGGAGCGGACGCCCUGUCGAGGCAGGGGCCGGUGCCCGGGGAAUGGAGACUCCACCCCGAGGUGGUGGAGCUCAUAUGGCGUAUGUUCGGCAGAGCCCAGGUGGAUCUGUUUGCGACGCAGGAGACGUCGCACUGUCCCCUUUGGUUCUCUCUGAUUCAUCCAGCUCCUCUUGGACUGGAUGCCAUGGUACAGCCGUGGCCGAGGCUGCGUCUGUACGCCUUUCCUCCGGUCGCUCUGCUCCCGGGAGUUCUGGAGAGAGUGCGCCGGGACGGAAUUCGUCUACUGUUAGUAGCCCCGUUCUGGCCGGGCCGAGUAUGGUUCUCGGACCUGAUUUCCCUCCUAGACGGCUCCCCAUGGGAGAUUCCGAUCAGGAGGGAUCUCCUCUCACAGGCGGGGGGCCAUCUUCACCCCCGCCCGGAGCUGUGGAAGCUGUGGGUGUGGCCUCUGAGGGGGCACAACUCCGCGCUUCCGGUCUCUCAACCGAGGUUGUGGAGACCAUCCUCCAGUCCAGAGCUCCCUCUACGAGGAAACUGUACGCCCUGAAGUGGAAACUUUUCACUUCCUGGUGCGGAGACCGCCGGCUUGACCCUGUUCACUGCCCAGUUGGUACAGUGCUGGAGUUCUUGCAGGCCCGCCUCUCCGCGGGACUGACCCACUCCACCCUGAAGGUGUACGUGGCGGCUAUUGCGGCCUGCCACGCCCCUCUCGAUGGCCAGUCAGUGGGCAGGCACCCCUGGGUGACACGUUUCCUCCGCGGUGCGCUGAGGAUCAGACCUCCAGCUCGAUCUCGGGUCCCCUCGUGGGACCUGGCCGUGGUUUUAGAGGCUCUCUGUAAACCCCCCUUCGAGCCCAUAGAGGAGAUUUCGGACCGUCUUCUGACGUUGAAAACUGCCUUUCUCUUGGCAAUUUCCUCUCUUAGGAGAGUGGGGGAUCUUCAGGCCCUCUCGGUGGCCCCUUCCUAUUUAGACUUUGCGCCUGGUUUGGCCAAAGCAUUCUUGUACCCCCGAGCGGGGUACGUACCGAAAGUCCCCUCCUCGGCACCACGGCCGGUCAUGCUGCAGGCUUUCUGUCCUCCUCCCUUUAGGGAGCCCGACCAUCGGAAGCUCAAUUGUACGUGUCCAGUGCGAGCACUGGACGCGUACGUCCACAGAACUGCCCUGUGGAGAAAGGCGGACCAGUUGCUUGUUUGCUUUGGUCCCCCUAAGAGGGGUUUUCCUGCUUCUAAGCAGACCCUCAGCCGGUGGAUUGUAGAAUCCAUUUCUCUGGCUUUCGAGUCCUCUGGUCUCCCCAGUCCCCUGGGGGUCAAGGCUCACUCUACCCGAGCGGUGGCGGCCUCUAAGGCCUUUCUGGCGGGUGUGUCCUUACAGGACAUCUGCAACGCGGCGGGAUGGUCCACGCCCCUGACCUUUGCUAGGUUUUAUGACCUAGAUACCCGGGCCACUCCCAGCUCCUCUGUCCUUGUGCCUUAGGCUUGCCUCCUCCUGGAGGCAGGGACUUGUAAGUCUGGCGGCGUGGGUAUACUCGUUCCCAUAGCGUUUCGUGACGCAGCUCGAGUUC